AUGCUUUUCCAGUCGACCCAGUACCUCACCGUUGCCCUCAGCAUGUUGGCCGCCACUGCUGCCGCAGCUCCCACCGAGAUUGAGGCUCGCCAGCAGCCCAAGGAGAUUGGCGCUUGCUAUGACAGCAAAUUCACUUGCGCUUUCCAGGGCUGUUUUGCUGGCUGGAGCUGCGCCCAGAUCUCUGGUGGCACCGCUGCCUGCUGUGUCAAGUGGUACAUGUUGAAAGAUUAG